GUGAAGCAAUCGUAUCAAAUCUGCUGCCAGGCACGGACAUCUGUGGCACUGGCACUCAAAAUAGAAUUUAUGGGGGAGAAAAAGCCGAUCUAGACGAAUUCCCUUGGAUGGUACUAGUGGAAUACGAAAGACCUAAUGGAAACAAAGGAUUCUAUUGUGGAGGAGUAUUGAUCAAUAGCCGAUACAUUCUAACUGCCGCUCAUUGUCUCAAAGGAAAAGAUUUGCCGAAGAGCUGGAAAAUUGUUAGUGUCCGUCUAGGAGAAUACAAUACGGACACUGAAGAAGACUGCAUUGAAGCAGCAGGAGCAAAAAGGCAGUGUGCUCCUCCAGCCGUAAAUGUGGCUGUUGAGCAAACAAUCGCCCAUGAAAAUUACGAUCCAUACGACAUAAACCAGUAUAACGACAUCGCUUUAUUGCGCUUAAUAAGAAAUGUGCAAUAUUCUGACUUUGUUAGACCGAUUUGCCUCCCCAAGGCACCAAGACUUUUAAGCAAAUCUUACGUAAAUAAGAACCUUGUUGUGGCUGGAUGGGGCAAAACUGAGAAUUCUUCCGAAAGCAACAUUAAGCUGAAAUUAGAGGUUCCAGUUAACACCGAAGAAAAGUGCUCUAAAACGUACAGUCAAGCCAAUGUGCGAUUAGGAGCUAAUCAACUGUGCGCUGGAGGUAAGAAAGGAAAGGAUUCUUGCAGAGGUGAUAGUGGCGGACCGCUGAUGGGAGUUGAAGCUACAGCCGAAGGAGAUGUUAACUGGUACUCGGUUGGAGUGGUAUCGUUUGGACCGUCUCCUUGCGGGAUGCAAAAUUGGCCAGGAGUUUAUACAAAGGUGGCCAACUAUGUGCCAUGGAUUGUUAGUAACCUUAGAGCAUAGAAAACUGUUACUAUGAUCAUAAACGCGUAUUCAUUGAUUAAA